CGUGCUCUCAGUCAAACUCACAACCUCCCUGUUCCAAUUCUCAACCCCUAAUCAGUUUUCUCUAGCUCACAGCCGCCAAUUCUUCUUCCAUGGAGUCGAUACUUCACAGCUCAACUUCCGCUACUUGUCACUUCCCUCCGACCAUCCUGAAAUCGAUUUCCCGAGAUGGGUUUUCUGCCAGCAAGAGCUCCUGCCUGUUCUUCGCCAAUAGGUUCUCUUCCUCUUCUUCUGCUUCUUCUUUGUCGUCGUCGUCUUCUUCUUCUUCAUGCCCUCGAAGGAGAUUGGUGAUAGUGGGCGCCAAGAAGAAAAGUAAGGACGACAGGAUGGAUUCUCACAGCUUUGUCCCGAAACCGGACGAGGCCACCGGGCUCUUCCCUGAAGCUGUCUUGCUCAAGGAGAAGAAAGUCCAGGAAGAUGGUCAACUUAUGCCCGAGUUCGCCGAUGCUGAAGAGAAGGAGCUGUUCGAAUAUCUGAACCUUCAGUUGGAGAGCGGCUUGAAUGUGAAGCAAAUGCGACACUACGAGGUGGUUUACUUAAUCCACGAGAAGCAUGAAGAAGAUGUUGGGAAAGUUAAUGAGAAGAUUGAAGAUUUCUUGCGGGAGAAACGGGGCAAGGUGUGGAGGUUCGAGGACUGGGGCCUCCGCAGGCUUGCAUACAAGAUAAACAAGGCCACGAAGGCCCACUACAUCCUCAUGAACUUUGAGCUCGAUGCCAAGUGGAUCAAUGACUUCAAGUCCAUGCUGGACAAGGAUGAGAUGGUCAUUCGGCACCUUGUGAUGAAGCAGGACAAGGCCAUCACCGAAGUUCAGCCUCCUCCUCCCGAAUUCCACACCCUCCGAUCAGGAAUGGAUGAUGAUAAUGAAGAAGCAGACGGCGAGAUAGAACUAGAAUAUGAGGAUGGAGAGGAAUAUGACGACGAGGAUGAUGAGGAUUGGGAUGAUGAGGAGGGUGAGGAUAUCGAUGACUAUGACGAGGAUGAUGAUGGGGUUAUUUUGCUUAACGCUGAUGAAGAGGACGGAGAGGUUGCGGGGAAUAAGUCGUCUAAGUCACAGAAGAGAAGUCUGAGAGCACAGCCUCUGGCAAGGUAAAGGCCAUUUUUGUUCUCUUUAAUUCCCUUCAAAGCACGGUCCCAUUGUAGGCUACAGAGAGAUGCUUCUAAGUAGUGCAGUGAAAGCUGCUUUGUAGAACUGUUAUUUUUGCCAUUGUGGAGAUGUCAGGAUGUUAAUUCGGGUAUCAUUAUCUAAUGUAAUUAUGUAAUCGAUGGUAUCUGUAAAGUUACAGCUAUGACAUUGAUGAAUUCGAACCAAAAGAUUCUAUUUA